UGCCCCACGCCAUCCGUGAGAACGUUAUACUGUCCGUGGUGGCAGUGGGCGUUUCUGGGGUUUCUAUCCUUUCUUUGGAUCACUCUCGAUCGAUCGCGCGCCGUGGAAUGCCACCGAUUUUCUCCGCGAUCGCCCUCGUCUCGGCAGGAAUUCUUGGAUCGCGCCCCCGAUGGACAUCGCCGUGGGCGGCAACAUGGCCGCCAGGCCCAAAAUGCUGAUGUGCUACCUCUGCGGCCGCGAGUAUGGAACAAAGAGUUUGCCGAUCCACAUCCCGCAGUGCCAGAAGAAAUGGCUAGCUGAGGAGGAGCUCAAGCCGCCAAAGGAGCGCCGGCCAUUGCCGCUGCCGCCCGCCGAGAUUCCCAUCGCGACGAGCUCGGGAGGCUACAAUGUGGAUGCAUUCAACGACGCGGCCUAUGCGCAAUGGGAAGGCAAUUUGGAGCAAUGCCCUCACUGCGAUCGAAAAUUUCGUCCGGAAGCUUUCAAGCACCAUCAAAAGAGCUGUACGGCCCUUCGCCCCGCCAAAAAAGCUGGAACCGGGCUCACUGCCGCGGCGCUCUCCAAUCGCCUGCCACCUGGACUCGUCCAACGUGGCGCAAAACAGGCUGCUGGACCAUCUUCCUCUGGGGCUUCGAGAUUGAAGAUCUGGAUUAAACUUCGUGCUCGCCUUCAUCUCCUCUCAGCUUUGAUCAUGGAUUUGCACAGGUUGAAGUGGAAGUCGGGGGCUCCAGCUCCGGUUCCAAAGGACGACAAAAGUGGUCGCUCCCGUGCACGACUACUCCAUGUACUCCGGGAGAAAGGUGUGACAAAUGCGACGUUCCUUAUGGUCGAUCGGAUGCAAAGUUUUGCUCGGAAUGCGGUGCCAAGAGAUCGACACUGCCAACCAAGUAAGAAAGAAGCUUGUGAUCUCGUGUUCUUCCAGGAACAAUUCGCUUCGUGUCAAAGUCUGAAAGAGGAAUAUACUCAUAACCGGAAUCAUUCCUGUCCGAUUCUCUCUUCGUUUUGCCUUUUUUUAGCAUGCUAA